AUGGCUCCCUACGCAGCGCGCUUUCAUCGCCGUCGGGGCUCGCCGGGCAGGUCGUCUGUUUCGCCAGGUCGCGUCGCGGAGCCUCUCGGGAUCUCUCAGGAUUCUCUGAAGCAGACAGCGCGAAAAACCUCCAGCAUUUUACCUCCUCUGGGCGCGAAGCAGCCCGCCCUCGCGGCCGCCUCGCUCCCCCCCUCUCCGUCGCCGCCAGCUGGGCUUGCCUCCUCUGCAUCUCCGCGGAGCUUUGUUGGCGGCGAGAGCGGAGGCGGGGACGGCCUCGCGGGGGCCGCCGGCGCCGAGCGAGAUCCUGCCUUCCUUGCGUCUGCGGCGCGCGCGGGAGGCGCCUGUGGCAUGCAGCGCCACAAGCGCAGCAGCACAGGCGGCAGCUGCGACGAGAACUUCCCUGAGGCCGCCGAGCCGGGGGUUUCUUAUUUGGGCCCCUGGCGCGCGGACCAGGAUGCGCGAGUCCCGGCUGGAUCGGAGCGCGCGCCCGCGAGCGUGUCGCGCGGCAAGAGCGACAGAAGAGAAGUUUUCCUGACUUCCUCCGACGGAGAGACUGACGCGCACGCAGACUGUUCUCGCGGAGACGGGCACUACGGCGCACGCUCGCGAGGAACUGCUAAGCGGCAGUCUUCUGUCUCUUCAUUUCGCGACUUGAGGCGCGCGGAAGGGGGGGAUUCCGCAGGAGGUCGCUCUCAUGCCGCCGGAACGCGGGCCUCUCGGCACGCCGAGGGCGAGCAGCUCGCGGCUUCCGGACGCCAAAGAGACAGCCGCCGCUCAGGCCAUUCUUCGCGACAGAGCGGCGCUUGCUGGUCGUCCUCGCCCCUCUCUCGCCUUUCGUCUGUAUCCUCCGCGUACUCAGUCCAGUCUGUCUCGUCGCGGACGUCUGCUCGCGUCUCUGCAGCGGCGCCCACUGUGCGGAGAAGCUACGGGGGCUCUUCGCCGCCGCAGGCCCGUCUGCAGACGGCGUCCUCUUGGCGCCACCGCUCUUGUUCUUCGCGUGGCGGCUUGGCUUCGUCAUCGAACGAGCGAGGUUCAGAACGGGUCGCCGCCUCCUGCGCGGGGGAGGACGGCGGAGGCCGGCGCGUGCAUGCUCGCCUUCCUUCGCGGCUCUCGAUGUGGAGUCGCCAGUCUUCCUCCGAGCGGCGAAGUGACGGGGCUGGACUCGCCGGCGACGAGCAAAGACGCGCGAGCGCAAGGCGGCGACACUCUAGAGGCCUCCGUGCGGCGUACCGAUCUGCGUCGCAGGAUUUUGCCGGCGCGGGCGCAGCCAGCCCAAGACCGUGCGAAGGGAGCUCCGCAGAGGCGCGGGUUGACUGGCUGGCUGGCGCCGACGACCUCGACGCGCUGGUUGCGCCUGCGCGCGGGGGCUGGCCCGCCGAAGAGAGAGACGGAGACACUGAGAGAAGCAGAGAAGACAGCGGGGGGUCGGCGCGGGGGGGGGACGGCAAGAGGGAGAGGAGGGAGACGCAGAGGCGGCGGAGCGGCGCCUGCGGCGGCGAAAGCUCUCAGGAUGAAAGCCGACGCAAUCGAGCGGCGGGCGCGCGCGAGGAAGCGAUUCGCGAGGCGCAACGCGCGCGCAGCCGAGAGCGAACGCGCAGCUUGCGCGAGGUCCGUUCCCUCUCGCGGCAGCGCAGCUCGUCGCGGCCGGCCUUUUCAGGCUCCGUGACGGGGCCCGCGGCCUCGGAGGCGGUGUCGCACUUCCGCGACGCGAGCGCGAAGAAGCGCCGCUCCUCGCGGCGAGAGUCGCGACGAUCGCGCACGCCUUCGUCUCGCGCCUGUUCAUCGUCGUCCUUCGAGUCCUCUCCUGAGCGCGCAAAAACGCGUGCGCGCCUCCCUCGGCGCCUGCGGUCGGGCGGUGUGUCAGGCAAGCAGGCUGCGGCGGCUGGCUCGCUGCGCGUGGGUGUCUCGCGCGCGCGGAAACGCGAGGUCGUCGGCUGGCGCAGCGACCGCCGUCCGGGUCCCUUCCGCAGUCAAAUCGUCUCCGGUCGCCUGGAGGAGGAAGAUUCGUUCUCGUCUUCCUUCGAGGACGACGAGGACUGCGACGCCUGCUCGCCUACUGCUGUGUUUCCUCCUUCCUGUGCGCCGCGGUUCGCGGCGUCGCGCCCCUUGUUUGAGCAGGGCUGGCCUUACGAGGAGGUGGGAUCGCUCUUUGGGACCUCGAGUAAAGGCGAGCGGCGAAAGAAGUUCUGGCUGUCGGCCUCCGCGGCGCGGCCGCUGGCGGUCUCGUCGUCGUCACCGCUUUUGCCCGCGUUCGCCGCGUCGUCGCGCGCGGACCUUCCUGCGGGCGAGGAGAGAGGCGCGUACGCGAGCCGCAAGGUCAGUCGCGGCAGCUUCGGGCUUUCGACAUCGUCGUCGUUCGCGAGCAAGAGUGAGUCCCUCGCGCGGCGCUCAGUCAUCUCUUCCUCCGCUUGUCGGCGGGGACACGCGCAGUGCAGCGCGUCCGAAUAUGCUCCGACCAGGGCAGGGGCGCGGCGGCACUGGAAGCGAGGCAGGACCGCCGCGGGGGGGGAGGGGAGUGAGGCGUGCGGCGGAAACUUUUCCCACUUCGCCAUGACAGAAAAGCUCCGCCAGGAGGCGCAGCUGCGCGCCUGUCUCGACAAAGCCGUGCUGCUGUUCAACCAACAUGGCCUCGAGGCCGCACUCGCCGCCCUCGAGGAGAAGGGCUUUCUCGAGACGACCGACACAGACGCCAUUGCGCACUUCCUCUUCGAAACCCCGGGGCUCGACAAGCAAAAGGUCGGUGCGGUUCUGGGCGAUCCUUCACCGUUCAACGCUGCCAUCCUCCGUACGUUUUCUUCGCUCUUCGACGUGCAAGGCCUGAGCCUGGACGUGGCGCUGCGGCUGGUUUUCAGCCGCUUCAUCCCGCCCGGGGAGUCUCAGCAGCUCUAUCGCGUGCUGUAUCCGCUGGCCGAGGUGUACGUACAGCAGAACCCGGAGCAGCGGAUCGACGCAGAGACCGCACACUUCCUCGCCUACGCGAUCCUCGUGCUGCACACUGACCGCCACAACAGCAACGUGAAGAAGAAAAUCACAAAGGAGGAGUGGCGCCGCAUGACCCGCGGACGCGGCGAAGCAGACACAUCCGUCCUCACCGACAAAAUGCUUGAUGCGAUCUACGACCGCGUCGUCGCCGAGCAGUUCAAACUCCACAUAUCUGACACCGACCGAGUGUACCGCCGGUUGAGCCGCGACCCCCGCGUGCUGCGCUACGCGGCGGGUGGCGGGCCUGCGUUUCUGCCUGUCCGUGAGUCCGUCCGCGCGCGCACCGCGACCGGCAAGACGUACUCCGUCGGCUCCUUCUUCCCCUCACCUGGGCGGCGCGUGAAUCUCUCCGUCGCGCGCUCGCACUCGCUCUCCUGGCAUUCGCUGUCGCGGGUGCCGGCGGAGAUUGCGUCGCCGCGCGUCUCUGAGCACGGGGAAAUCGCCUUUGCGGCGCUGUCGCGCGAGUCCGGGGCGACUGCGCACGCCGGCGAGAGGCGCGACGAAGGCCGAUUGCCCAAGCUCGCGGCGUGCGCCGAGAUGCCCUUCUUUCCGGUUCUCGAGACGUUGCCCACAGACGCCUCGCCUUCCUCCGCGUCGGCGGCAGCCAGUCCUACGAACGCGUCCUUCGCUGCCUUCCCCCUCACCUGCCCCAGCCCGCAGACGGGCUCCCCUGUGAACGGCGUGGGUGCAGCAUGCGGACGGCGGGGACUGCCCCAAGAGACCCUCGCCCAGCAGGGCGACGCGCGGUGUGCUGCGCUGGAAGCGCGCGAGGCAGAAACGGCAACGUUGGCUGUCGGUUCCUUCCCGUCUGGGCCGCCACACGCAGGCGAGAGCUGCGGUGGGCAAAAAGGACCCUCGACUGGUGUCCCCCGAGCGCCCGCAGGCCGGAUCAUGUCUCCGCAGGCCCCGGAGAGCGCCCAGGGCCCCGCCGCCUUGACUGGUGGAGUCUCGCCCUCUCCGGUCAUGGGCUCGCCGGGGCAACCGCCGGCGUCGCCCGGCGCCUUGUCCUGGUCGCCCGCGGCCUGUCUGUCGUCCCCUGCAUCGCCGCAGCCGCCUCCGUCUCCGGCGUCCGGAACGGGCUCGUCGCAGAGGGGUCGCUGCUCGGGCUCUUCGCCGUCGGGUGUGUCGUCGGCUGCCUGCAGCCCUGCGCUCGGCGCGGCGCAACUUCCUCUGUCACGCCCAAGGUCUGCCCAGGCCCUUGCUUCGGGUGCAGGAAUGGCUGUUCUAGGUCGCGAUCCGUGCGCGGCGCUGCGGCCAGAGGACGCCGCUGCCCUCGCAGAUUCCUUUCGUCUCAAGGCGCUCGAUGUUCUGUGUGUCGACGCGCCUCCUCUGAGUCCAGCACCUGGGGGGUGCGCGCCAGAUAUGUCUCUCGCGGCGAUGGAGACCGGGGCCACUCCCGCGGUGGUGCUGGGUCACCGGGGAUCGCCAACCCAGCCUGAGGGCGUCGUGUCUGCGGAGGCGGCUGAUCUAGGCGCGAACAUGGAGUCUGUGUCUCUGCCAGCGUCUGUGGGGGCCGCUGCUGAACUGGCUCGCACCUCGGCGUCGGCCGUCUCGACGCUGCCGACCUUCGGGUCGAUGACCGCGGACCCGGCGAGCGCCGGGCUCUGCCGCGGCAUUUUCUGCUCUUCGCCGUACUCGCAUGCGUUUGCUCCUCUGGAGACCGGAACAGUCUUCCUGAAGUUGUGCCGCAACGGACGAAUGAAGCAGCGGCUCUUCUCGAUCGACAGCGAGCGGAAGAUUCUGUACUGGUGCGACCCGAAACGGGGGGCGGCGACUGGCGGCCCGAGGAAAAAAGACGCGCGCUGUCUACACCUCGACGACCUCCUGGACAUCACCUUGGGGUGUACGUACACCCGGACCUUCAAGUUGUUUGAGCUCUCCGAGGAAAUGGAGCAGCGCAGUUUCUCCCUGCACUUUGUGUCGCGUUCGCUCGACCUCGUUGCGCCCGCCGAGGUCGCCUCGUUUUCCCUCUUCGCCUCCUCGUCGCCUCUCGCGGGCAGGGCAUACAGCUUUGGCGGAGCCGGCCCGUCCGCUCCUGGAGGCGGAGCUGCGCCCCUCUCUCUCUGGCUCUCGUUUUUCCAUGCGAAAAUCGCCGAGCAACAGAUUCGCCGCGAGCUCCUUCUCCAGCGCGAGCACGCCCUCGCUCAGACAGAGGCUGCUGCGGCGCGCCGAAGAAAAGAGCGCCAAGUCGAGGCCGCGCGCCGUCUCGCGCUCUGGCGGGAGCUGAUUCUGCCCUACUGGGACAAGUGCUGGACGUGUGAAGCGAUUCCGCAGGUGGCGCGCAGCGCGGUUCCGGUCUUUGGCUCCUCCGCGUCUCUCUCCUCUCGGCACGGCUCGUGGAGGCAUGUGCCCGUUUCGCUGCGAGGCGAUGGCGCACUGCGAGGCUUCAGCUCGAAGCUAUCAGGGGGCAGCAGCGCCCUCCGGGGCUACGCGCCCGGCGGCGGCGCGGACCUCGACGGGGGAGCUUGGGGGAGGGGUCUGGGUGGGCCGCCUCGGGACGCGGGGCACGUCGCCCUCAGCGAGCCCGCCGCGCGUUGGCGCACGGCCGACGCCCGACGCGACGGGCUGCGGGGCUGCGACAACUCGGCGGUCACCCCCGCGUGGAGCGGAGGAAACAGGGCCUCGCGCGCGGCGCCCGGUCCCUUCUUCGCCGCCUUGCGGGCGUGGUGGGGCGUGGGCGGCGCAGGCGCCAAGACCGGCGCCGAGGGUAGAGGCCUCCGGAAGGGACAGAAGAGCGGCGGCGGCUCCCCCGGCGACGCGCCCGCCACAACAGGCCCCUGCGCGUGUGGCGCAGCUGACGGCAAGGCUGGGGUUCCUGCGUGUUGUGGUCGGCAUCAUCUGGAAGUCCGUGAAGAGGGGAGUGAAGGCGAGCGAGAAGACUGUUCAACGCUUCCUCCUUUCUCCGAGGAAGCCUGUUCGCAGGUCCUCGUUCUCGAGUACGCAGCAACUGUUGGCGUCCCAGCGACCGCGGCCGCGAAUUCGACCCAGGGUUUUCCAGCGGACUCCAAGGCGUGGCAGGCGGGCGGGGCCUGUGCCCCAGUCGGCGCGGAGACAGAGGCGCCCGCCCAGCCCUCUGACGAGGAGGCGCCCGUCGCAUCGCUCGAGAAGGAAAACGUCGCGCCGCACUCGCAAGUCUCGUGGGCUUCCCAGAGCGCAGGCGCGGGCGGAGCCCGGUCGCGGCGAGGGUCAGAGCCGUGCUCGCGCCGCGGGGCCAGCGUUUCUCACAAGUCCUUCUUCUUCCGCUAUCUGCUCGCGGGCCGGCUCUCGGGCCGACUGGGGUCGGAGCCCUCGCUGUGGCCAGGGCGGAACCUGAGAGACAGCAGCUCUCAGCUUCAAGACGGCGGGGAGGGGGGCAAGAGUGAGCGGAGGAAGCGGGGAGGAGAUGAGAGGCCGAAGCCGUUUGUGAAGGACGACAAGACGUUCGGCGUCUUCUCAGGUCUCGCCUGGAUAUUCGGCCGCCACACAAAGGAGAAAUCGGGCUCCAGCAACUCUCGAGGUGAAGGCAGCCACGCCGUGUCGCUCUCCGCGUCCUCGUUCAUCUUCCGCAAGCUGUCGCCGACUCUCCAGCGCGAGGCCUCACAGACCUCCGGGCCAGCCAGCUCGGGGUGUCUCGGCCCGACUUCCUCCUCGCCAGGGGCUCCCUGCAACCUAGACGAGGACUCCGUCGCGGGCGCCGGUGGACUGAGCGGAGACGGUCCGGGGGCCGCAGUGCUCGGCGUGGGCUUUUUCGAUCCCAAGGGGCCCGCGGUCGGCGUCGCGGGGCCCAGUCUGGAAACGGGCCUUUUGUCCCCGGGGUUUGUGGUCACCGGAGCCUGCGGCGCAUGUGCAGGCGUCCCCGGAGCACCCCCUGCUCAGGGUCUCUUUGUUCGGAGCCCCGACGAGACGGGCGGAAGCGCCGGAAGCCAGCCGCCCCAGACCUUGGUGUCGAAGGGCAUCGACUCCCUCGCGGGCGCAGAGCUUCGGCGCUGGUCGGUGCCCACCGUUGGGGUCCUGUGGAAACGCGCGGUGACAGACAAAGCGUCUGUCGCCUCGUCGUUCGCUUCGCAUCGCAGCCUCAGCCAGAGAGGCACUGCAGGGCUGCGCGGCGAAACCCCUCACCGGGGGCGUCGCUUCUGGCGCAUGUGGCUCCCGCAGUUCUUUGGAGCUCGGUUCACGCUCGACCGCGGUCGCAGACUAGAGACAGCUGUUUCCUCGACUCUCGUCGACCUCUGGCUCCAGGGCCUCCCAGGCGAAAUUCGAGGCACUCUGUGGGGCCUCGCCAUUGGGAACGAGCAGCGCGUCUCGCCGGGUCUCCUGGCGUCUUUCGUCCGCCUGUCGCACCCGCGGAGACACCACCGGUCGCACAGAGACAGCCGGCGAAGUAGGGGCAGCUGGGGGGGCCUUGCGCCGGCCGACGCGCGGCAGGCGCAGAGCUGCUCGCCGGCGGAGAGGCACCGCGACCCGCCCGCCAUCGAGGCGAGCGACCUCGGCGCAGAUCCAGGCGUUGAGAACGCCGGCAGCGGCGCCCGCAGGGAGCCCUGCCAUCGCGCUGUCGAGGCGAGCUCGAGAGAGGACGGCGGCAAGCGGAGCUCGCGAGCGGAGGCUUGCCGCCGUCCUCUCUCGAGCCCGCCAGCCGACACAGCGUCUCCGCAAAGCGCACAUCCGCUCGAGACCCCCCGGUGGACAGCCAACAGCAGCUCGACGCUGUCCUCCGCCGACAGCAAGUCUCGCCAGAGCCGCUCUGCGCCUCUUGAGGUCUCCGCCGCGUCGUCUGUCUCAUCGGCGCCUCCUCCGUCGACCGGCAAACGGGGCGCGCCGGGCCAGACGCAGCCCGCCUCGCCGUGCGGCGACCCGUGCGCGGCCUGGGAGACGGAGCCGUGUUACGGGCACUUUGCGCCGGCGGCCUCGGCGUAUACUGGACCAGGCGUCUGGUACCUCGCGGACAAGCAAGUCGGCGAAGGCCCCAAGCUGCUCAUCUCCUGCCAGUUCGAGGCCUCCGUGGACGCCGCGGGCGCAGGCGAGGGAUGCGCGGGGGAAGACGAAGACGACCCGGCAGCGGUGGCGGCGGAAGCGAACGCCACGCGGUCGCGGGCGUGUGGAGGUGGGGACAGCUCGCGAGCUGCUGUGACCUCGAGCUUCCCUCCCACGCCGCGCGCGACGAAGGCGAUCCCUGGCGGCCUGCGAAGCGCCCGCGGAGACCCCUCCGGCUCGCUCGAAGAAGGCGAGGCGCACGGCGGCGGGGACGGCGUGGCCAGGGCUGGCGGAGAAGCGGCAGACCCCACGAGCUCAGGAGCUGGCGCCGCGGCGCUCGCCGACCGCGACCAGGAGACAAGGCCUCGCAGCGACCUUCAGCGUGAGGGUGAAGAUGGAGGAGAGAAGUGCGGGGCAGCGUCCGACGCUCCGGUGGGCGAGGAGCUACGCAGGCGGGAUGAGAAGGCGCGCCGCAGCGAGCGCGCGGAAGAAAACGGGGCGGAGGGCCCCGAGUCUCGCGGGGGAGGAUAUGCGCGGAGUGGAGAAGGACAGCGAAGCCGAGUAAGGGCGCAGAUCAGCAGCCGCCGGCGCGCGCGGCUGGUCGCGCCUGAGGACGCACUGACCAUCGGAGAAGGCGUCGAGCGGCUUCUCCAGGCUUACGCACUCUACAGGCCCGACGUGGGCGUGGUUCGCGGGAUGGACUGCCUCGCGUCUGUACUGCUGUGCUACAUGGGGCUGCCGGCGGCCUUUACAGCCUUCGUGAAUCUGCUUCCGAGUCUGCAUUUGCUGGAUUUCUACGCGCCCGCGCUGCACGCGAAUCGGCGCUCCAUCGCGUUCAAAUUCGAGUUCUUCGAAGCGGUUCUCCGCUGCCGCCUGCCGCCGCUGUAUCACCACCUCAGGGGCCUCCAGGUUCAGCCUGACUUGUAUCUGCUCCAGUGGUUCGAAACGCUCUUCGCGCACGCCCUGCCCUUCCACACGCUCUGCGUCGCGUGGGAUGCAAUUCUUCUCCUCGGCGAGGGCUUCACGUUUCAAGUCGCGCUUGGGCUGCUCAAGUACUACGAGGCCGAGCUGCUGGCGAACUCAUUCGAGGGCUGCCUCGUGAUUCUCAGCCGGAAGGCGCGCCCUGAUGACGACGAGACUGGCGUGUUUGAUCGCGAACGCUUCUUCAGGUGCGUGGAAAUGUGCCCGGUCGACCGGCAGCAGUACAGCCAGUGGCUGGCGAGUCAGCGCGUGAACGAGGAGAAGGCUGAGCUGCUGCACGCAUGCGCAUUCGGCUCGGCUUAA